AUGGAGGAGCGGAGGGCAGAGGACCUCGGGGCGGCGACUCUGGGAGAACGGGCACUGGAUUGCGACGAUGACCGCCAGGAAAGUCCUUCAACCUCGCCCCCUGUGGAGGUGGCGGAGGAGGCUGCCAGUGACGUGGCCAAAAUAUCGUCCUCUCUGCCCGUCAACGAAAAAUACAGGAUUCCGAGGCAAAACCGAACGCGAUGCCGCAUCCAUGACCAGGAGACCUACGAGCACAUGUAUUGGCGCAGCUUACACGACGCCGACUCGUUUUGGAGAGAGCAAGCGACGGAGAUGCUGCGGUGGACUUCGCCCUUCACGAAAGUCUUCCACGGGCGCAUGGAAGACGGCAACGUCUCCUGGUUCUUGAACGGGAAACUCAACGUCUGCGACAACUGCGUCGAUCGGUGGGCGGAGAAGUUCCCCAACCGCGUCGCGCUCAUCUGCGAGGGCGACGACCCCGACCAGAGCCGAACGGUCACCUACCGGAAGCUUCUUCGCAAAGUCUGCCAGUUCGCCAACAUGCUGAAACGACUCGGGGUGCGCAAGGGCGACGUCGUGAGCAUCUACCUGCCCAUGGGACCCGAAAUCGUCUACGCCAUGCUCGCGUGUGCGCGUAUCGGCGCCAUUCACAGCGUCAUCUUUGCCGGGUUCGCCGCAAGCAGCCUGGCGGAGAGGAUUCAAGACGCCAACAGCCGCCUGGUCAUCACAGCUGACCAGAGCUCGCGAGGCGGCAAGACCAUCUUCCUGAAAGACAUCACCGAUGAGGCACUCGAGUCCUGCCCUCAAGUCCAAAAUCUCGUCGUCUUCAGAUGCAAGGGCCAGCCGCUCAAGAACUGGGUCGAGGGCAGAGACAUUUGGGGAAACGACUUGAUGCCGCAGAUGCAGCCCUACUGCCCUCUGGAGGUCAUGGAUAGCGAGGAUCCGCUGUUCAUUCUCUACACUUCGGGGUCCACUGGGAAACCCAAGGGCCUGUGCCACAGCACCGCAGGCUACCUGCUCUACGCGGCGCUGACGCACAAGUGCGUCUUCGAUUACCACCCCGGAGACAUCUUUGCCUGCGUCGCGGACUGCGGCUGGAUCACGGGACACUCCUACGUGGUCUACGGGCCUCUCUGCAACGGCGCGACGACGCUGCUUUUCCAAUCUAUCCCAACCUACCCCGACCCCGGCAGGUACUGGCAGAUGAUUGAAAAGUGGAAGGCCUCUCAGUUCUACACGGCUCCCACCGCUCUCCGGGCGCUGAUGCGCUACGGAGACAGCUGGCCAGCCAAGUACGAUCUCUCGAGUCUGCGCGUGCUCGGGUCGGUCGGCGAGCCGAUCAACCCCGAGGCCUGGCGCUGGUACGCGAGCGUGAUUGGUCAGAACCGCUGCUCAGUCGUGGACACGUACUGGCAGACGGAGACUGGCGGCCACGUUUUGACUCCGAUCCCCGGCGCGACCGUCACGAAGCCGGGCUCGGCCGCCCUCCCUUUCUUCGGCAUCGAACCCGCGGUCCUCGACCCCGUCACGGGCGAAGAGAAGAAGGGGAACAACGUCUGCGGCGUGCUCUGUAUCCGCCGACCGUGGCCAGGCGUGGCGCGGACGGUCCACGGCGCCCACAUCCGCAUGAUGAGCACGUACUACUGGCCAUACAAGGGCUGCUUCUUCACUGGAGAUGGCGUCUUCAGGGAUGCUGACGGGUACUACUGGAUCACCGGACGGGUCGACGAUACUCUGAACGUCUCAGGCCACCGUCUGACGACAGCGGAGAUCGAGCACGCGCUUGUGCAGCACGAGGAUGUCGCUGAGGCGGCGGUCGUCGGCGUGCCGCACGAGGUCAAGGGGUCAGGCAUCUUUUGCUUCACCGUUCUCAAGGAAUCGGUCCCGGAGCGGCCGCAGCUGGAGGACGAGCUGAAGCGCGUGGUGAGGAAGCACAUCGGCCCUAUCGCGACGCCUGACUACAUCGUGAUUGCCAAAGAUCUCCCCAAGACGAAGAGCGGGAAAAUUAUGCGACGUCUUCUUCGCAAAAUUGCAGCCCUCGAGACUGACGAGUUCGGGGAUACGAGCACGCUUGUGAAUCCCGCAUGUCUCCACGUCCUGAUUGAAGACGCGAAGCGCGUGCGCGCUGGGCCUGCGCCCGCGAAGAAUGCCGACGACUCUCAGGCCGUGAAGGCAUAA